AUGACCGACACGUGGCGGCGAUUCUUCACCGUAAGAUCUUUUCUUCAUUAUGUGUUCAAAGUCUCUUUCUUUCUUCACAGGGUUGGUCUUCCGUUCUACGAGUAUCUUAAAGAGCUCGAAUCCGCCAUUGAUGUCGUCGAGAGAGCUUGCCGGCUCUGCAUCGAUGUUUUGAAUCCGAUAGAUAUCAUGGCACUAGGGGGGGAUUCCUUAAUGUACAUGGUAGGAUCGGCACUUGUUGUAGAUACUGAGAUUGUGUUAGGGACCAUAGGCUGUCCAAACUGGAAGGCGGAUAUCUCGGAUGGAUCCUAAUGCUUCCGCGUAUCGGCUGUGGAACUUUGGACAGAGAGAUUAGAUGAUGUUUCUAGCAAAAUUUCUGGCGGUGGGAGGAGGUGCGUUCUUGAUGGCUUUGGCUUAGUGAAGGGCGGCGCGGUUUUGGUAUUACCGAAUCAUUGUCAUUCUCUAGUUUGUUUGAUGCAAGAUGUAGACGGCAUACGGGAUGGAGGGAAGAGACAUAUUCCUUUUGCCCACAUGAAUGCCAUCUUCCAAGUAGAGAUGGUACAGAGCCCAACAGACAUUUUCGUGGUGAGAAGCUUUCUCUGUUUGGACGAUGAAACCGAAAUCUUCAGACAAUUCUUGAAACAGUUUGUUUGCUGUUGUUUUCUGGGUUUUCUUUAACUGAAACAUGUAAUGUAACCGAGUGGGAAGGGAGUUGGAAUCAAGAAUUUACGAGAUCGGGAUUCUUGUGAGACCAUGGUCUCUGUCUUGUGGAAUGAUCGAGAUUUUGCAGCCCCCCA